AUGACAACGUACGAGAAAAUCGUCAAGGGCGCCACCAAAAUCAAGGUGGCGGCGCCGAAACCAAAGUACAUCGAGCCCAUCUUGAUGGCCACGCUGGCCUCGCACGAAGUUGCCGCCGAAAACCUCGCCACGAUCAUGAAGUGCUUGGACCGCCGUCUCCAGGAUGCCCUGUGGCUGGUGGUGUACAAGGCGCUCAUUGUGGUGCACAUCAUGAUCCGCGAGGGCGACCGGGACGUGGCGUUGCGCUACUUGAGCGAAAAAGCGCCGGGCAUGCUUAGUUUGGGCCAUUCGCCCAUUGUAAAGAACACAGGGUUCAACUCUGAUGUGAGAUAUAUCGUAAAGUACAGCCGCUAUUUGCAGGCGCGCGUCAAGCAUUUCGCAGACACGCAUGUAGACUAUGUUCGGGACGAGCGCCUCAACAACUCCGUGAGCCAGGGCGGCGGAAGACUACGCAACUUGGCUGUGGAGAAGGGCUUGCUUCGCGAGUGCGAGAGCGUGCAGAAACAGAUCGACUCGCUCUUGAAAAACUCGUUUUUGGAGAGCGACAUCAAGAACGACAUCGUGUUGACCGCGUUCCGGCUCCUUGUCAACGAUCUUUUGGCCUUGUUCCAGGAGUUGAACGAGGGCGUCAUCAACCUUUUGGAGCACUACUUCGAGAUGUUCCACGAUGACGCGGCGCGCGCGUUGGACGUCUAUAAGAAAUUCGUGGACCAGACCAAGUACGUCAUCGACUACUUGCGUGUAGCCAAGCACCUUGAGUAUGCCACCAAAUUGCAUGUGCCCACCAUCAAACACGCGCCUACUGCAUUGACGUCGUCCUUGGAGGAGUACUUGAACGAUCCCCAGUUUGAGCGUCAUCGUGAGGAGUAUUUGAGGAAGAAAUCUUCUGGAAAGGGCUCGGAUGCCAAACCGACUUUGCCUGUAUCUUUGGCCCCUGCUGCUACACCCAAUGCACAACAGCCUGAUUUGAAUCGCUCGAACACCCUUUUGGUAUCGCAGAGUACCUACAAUCCAUGGGGCUCGGCCAUUCCUGCGCCCGUAGUUCAAACGAUGCCCCAACCUGGAGCCAGUGUGGUUCCAAGCUUCACUGGGGCUGGAUUUGGUGGCUACGGCCAGCAAUACCCCCAGGCUCAGGACCCAGCUCAACAGCAACAGCUUCUUCUCCAACAACAACAACAACAGCAGCUCCAACAACAACAGCUCCAACAACAGCAGCUUCAACAACAACAGAUGCUCCAACAACAACAGACCUUUCAAGCUCAGCAGCAGCAACAACAACAACAACAACAACAACAACAGUUCUUCCAGCAACAGCAGCCGCAACAACAGCAGAUUACGGCUUCGGCAACGGGCUCAAAUCCAUUCUUGUCGACACAGCCCACCUAUACAUCCAGUAGUACUCCAUUCCAAGCACCAACGUACCCCGUGGGCUCGUUUAAUUCUACUCCAUCCACCCCUGGUGGCCCUCCUGCAUUACAGAGAAACAACACCAAUCCAUUUGCCGGCUUACUGCCUUCUCGGACAGGAAGCGGUGUCAAUGUAAACCCUUCCAAUCCCUUUGGAGCGACUAGAUUCGCCAACAGUGGCACUACUGCAUUAACAUUUUCCCAACCAAACGGCGUACAGAAAUUGGAUGUCACAGCUACUGGUAGCAAUCCUUUUAAGGUAUCGCAAACUACGACUGAUGUUUUCAAUUCCGUACAGCAGCCUACCACACAGCCUGCUCUUAAACUGCAGCCUACCGCAGGCGGGUUAGAGAAUUUGCCAACAAUCGCAGUGUUUCCACAGACACAGCAGGCACAAAUCCACAACGCGUAUGUUGCCAAUGCCAAUGCCAACUUGAUAAGUCAAGCUACUGGCCAAAUGCAACAACAACAGCAACAACAAUACAUGCAACAGCAGCAGCAGCAGCAGCAGCAGCAACAACAACAACAGCAGUACUUUCAACAGCAGCAACAGCCCCAAUUUGCAGCAUAUAAUGGUCCUAGUUUAAUCUAA